CAGCUAUCUUCUUUCUUUCCCAACAAUCGAAGUUCUUAUAAUGGCCUGCCCACAUAUUUCGAGUGCGAGUCUAGUAGCAAAUUCUACUCAAGUUCACAAAGAAGAGUGUACGCUUUGUUUUGAUUCGCAGGAUUUGGCGCCAGGCAUCGAUGUUUGUUUAACUUGUUUUAAUGCGGGCUGUGAUAGUCCUGACCGUAAACAUGCUCAAGUCCAUUAUCAAAAGACAAAUCAUCCUCUAGUUUUAAACAUUUAUCGUUUUUUAAAAGAUAAGCCAAAAAGAGCGGAUGCAACUGAAGAACCACCUCAAAAAAUUAGUAAGCUCGCGAUUGUACCGGAAUCUGACAAAGACAAAUAUGAAUUUGUUACGAAAGUAAAAUGUUAUGCAUGUGGUGGCGCAGAAAUCGAUAAAAGCCUUGGAAAUUUACCUAUCGUGAUUGAUUCGGUCAUGACCUCAUUAUCUGCUUCAAGACAGUCUGAAAUAAAAGCGUGGGAGGAAGAAAUUACCGCAUGUGAACAUACACAAAAUUUAGUGCAGAAUCCUCCAAAAAAAUUAGAAUCACAAGCCUUAGCACAUUGUAAUGAUUGUGAUUUAAAGGAGAAUCUCUGGCUUUGUUUGGUUUGUGGUAACCUUGGCUGUGGACGACAACAAUAUGGCGGAGUAGGUGGAAAUGGGCAUGGGUUAGCCCAUUUUGAUCAAACUAAACAUCCAAUAUCUUGUAAACUCGGAACAAUUACUCCAGAAGGAACAGCAGAUAUUUAUUGCUAUUUGUGUAAUGACUCAAAAUUGGAUCCUCUUUUGGGGAAACAUCUGGCUAAUUUUGGAAUAAACGUUGAAUCACAACAGAAAACUGAAAAGAACUUAACAGAGUUGCAACUUGAACAAAAUCUACAAUUUGACUUUAGCAUGGUUACUGAGGAUGGCAAAGAACUAGAGAAAUUAUUUGGUCCUGGCUAUACUGGUCUUAAAAAUUUGGGAAAUAGUUGUUAUAUGGCUUCUGUUCUUCAAGUCAUUUUCUCUUUGGAUGCAUUUCAACAAAGAUAUUAUCCAACUGCGAUGGAGCAUCAGUCACAAUGUUUGCUAGAACCAGCAAAUUGUCUUCAAUGCCAAUUAUCCAAGUUGGCAGAUGGUUUGUUGAGUGGUCGAUAUUCUCAGGCUGUCCAGACAAAUGAAACAGAAAGUGAAGCCCCUGGACAAGAUGGUAUCACACCUGCUAUGUUUAAAACGUUAAUUGGAAAAGGUCAUGAAGAAUUUGCCACUAUGCGACAGCAGGAUGCUUUUGAAUUCUUUCAACAUCUCAUGACAACGAUUGAGAGAAAAGAGCUUAAUAAUUCAGAAAGUGACCCAACUAAGAUUUUUAAGUUUACAAUACAGCAACGUUUACAGUGUUUAGAUUGUAAACGGGUGCGUUAUAGUAACAAUAAUGAAUCAAAUAUAUCAAUUCCUGUGCCAGCGCGUAAAAUUAAAUCUGCGGAAGAAGGUUCUGAAGAAAGUUAUGAGCCCGUAACUUUUGAAACAUGUUUAGAAUCUUUUACAGCAGAUUCUAUGGUUGAAUAUUUAUGUCCAUUUUGCAAUAAGAAAACUCAUGCUGCCAAAAAUAUGAGAUUUGUAACAUUUCCCGAGAUUUUAAUGGUUCAGGCACUAAGAUUUGAAAGUGAAAACUAUGUUACUUGCAAAAUUAGUGUCCCUAUUCUUUUUGACAAAGAAAUUCUAAAUUUGGAUAAAUAUAUUGCUCAUGGAAAACAAGAAAAUGAGGAAUCUUUACCCGAGGAAACCCCUGCUGAACCUACCUUUGAUAAAGUGGCUCUUGAUCAAUUAAUCAUGAUGGGAUUUCCUGAAACCAGGUGUAAGAAGGCUUUGAUCGCUACUGGAAAUAAUGGAGCUGAAAGAGCUAUGAAUUGGUUAUUUGAACAUAUGGAUGAUCCAGAUAAUAUUGAUAUGUCGGGACCUUCUGAAGCUGAUAUCGCUAAGUUAACAGACAUGGGAUUCUCUCAAAGUCGGGCCAAAAAAGCUUUAGGAGAAACAAAUAAUGAUGUUCAAAGGGCUAUUGAAUGGCUAUUUAGUCAUGAAGAUUCAAACGAAGGUUUAUCCCUACAAUCCAGUCACAAUGGUAAUGGUGCUUUCGGAGACUCAAAAUUACCUGCAAAUUAUCAAUUACAUAGUGUUAUUUCUCAUAAAGGUACAUCACCACAUUGUGGUCAUUAUGUAGCCCACGUCUACAAAGACCAACAAUGGGUUUUGUACAAUGAUAACAAAGUAGUUAAAGCAACUCGGCCCCCUUUAGAAGAAGCUUAUAUUUAUAUUUUGCGUAGGAUUUAAUUAUUCUAAUUUCCAGUAAUGAUUAGUAAAUAGUAAUUAUUUUCAAUAUACUGAAAUAAACAUUGUUGUUGAGACAUUAAAAUACGUAUACUAAACUGUUUAUGAGUUUAGUUUAAAUACCGCAUUCUUUAGUCGCAUAGACGUUGACAAUAGUGGU